AUGACAGGCAGUUUCCUUGGCCUUCUCUCUGGCCUCUUUGGCUGGGUCUACUUCUUCGCCUGGAGCGCGUCUUUCUAUCCUCAGCCCUUGCUCAACUGGCGUCGUCGCUCCACAAGCGGAACUACUAUCGAUUUCCCCUUUAUCAACGUCCUCGGCUUUGCUGCGUAUUUUAGCUCCAAUGUCGCUUUCUACUACUCACCAGAGAUUCGUGCUCAGUAUUCUGCCAGACAUAAAGGUCUUCAGUCUACCGUGCAGUUCAACGAUAUCACCUUUGCUCUCCACGCUCUCUUCCUAUCCAUCAUCACAACUUCGCAGUAUAUCUCACCCUCUUUGUGGGGAUUUACCCCAAAUGCUGGAAACCGCCCCAGCCGAUUCAUUCUUGGGGUAGCUGCCGGCUGUAUCAUGGGUGUUCUUCUGACAUGUGGCAUUGUUGCUGCUUCCCCUGGGAACGAUGCUGUCUACGACUGGGUUGCCCUCGAUAUUGUUUACGCCGUAGGCUAUGUCAAGCUUAUUGUCACCCUGAUCAAGUACACGCCACAGAUCGUCACCAACUACAACAACCAGAGCACUGACGGUUGGAGCAUCUCUCAAAUCCUGCUGGAUGUUACUGGUGGUGUUCUUAGUGUAAGCCAGCAGGCCAUCGACAGCUACCAGCAGCGUGACUGGAGCGGCAUCACAGGAAACCCCGUCAAGUUUGCACUUGGUAACAUCAGCAUGAUCUACGACUCCGUCUUCAUCGUCCAGCACUACAUCCUGUAUCGUGACUCGGAGAAGCCGCAGACCGAUGCGCGCGAGGAUGAGAGGUUGUUGCUGGACGAGGAGCAGAGAGCGGAGCGGGGCGAAUGA